CUUCUGAUCCUCACACAUUUUCAAUAUUUGGAACUCUGUACAUCCUGUCACGGUAGGAUUCAGUGAUGCCCCUCGUGUCAUUUGCCACAUGGUCUUGCUGCGCGUUGGUUACGCCUCUCACCAGAGCCGUGGUAUCCCCCAAAGUACAUAAAUGGAACUGUGUCGGCCACGAUACUCGAGGGACUGGAUUAGUACUCGCUAAACUACUGCUCUCUCAUAUACCUUGCUCCCCCCUUCUUUCAGCAUUAUCCAAUCUGAUGAGCAGUCCCCUUUUCAUGCACAAUCUAGACAACGAGAGCACAACAGACAAAGCCACUGCGACUCCAAGCUGAGGCAGAGGGAGGAGAACAUCAAAAUUCCAUUUAUGACAAACGACACCCCCUCAACCACCACACUCCAAAGCCCCUCCCUUCUACCCUGAUUCACAAC